ACAUACAGCUGGGUUCAGUACUUCAAUUGGCAACAUCUCUGCAAGCUGUCAAAUUAUCUAACACGGUGGUUUGUUUACGUUUAUCCCGGCACGGGAGAUUCCCUAGUGUUGCUCGCUCUAUUCAUUAGUUACUUGUGCUCUCGCACACCACCAAAGCCCACACGAUGCGUAUGGCCAGCGCGCUGUUGCGAUCCCGCAAACCACAGAACGAAGCGGACGUACCGUUUCAGGAGGUGUUGCCACUGCGCCUGAAGAACCAUGUCAGCGGCAAAACAGACAAAACGAGCGAUGUCGCCUGCCUGCAGGAGAUGGCCGUGCUCUUUUCCUGCCUCAAAACGCACGACUUUAAUGAGAGCCUGUGUGCGAAGGAGGUAGGCACCUUCCAGCGUUGCUAUAAGGUGUUCCUGGACAAGAAAAUGGCCAAGAAGGAAACGUCCAGCAAGGGUGUGCUGGUGGCUGGCAAGGACCUGAACUAUAAGCAAUUGAACAAGGUGCUGAAAAAGUAUCCCACAUCGGCACAGAGCUAAGGAGCAGAGGAGAUCCGUUGCCUUCUUCCGGAAGGUUAUGCCAAUGCAUAGUGUAGUGUAAUAAACAACAACGAAACGAAAGUAA